GCAUCUGUACCAGGUAUUCUUGACGAUUAUGACACAAUACUCAUUGAGUCACUGGUUGAGUCGUUAUGUAUCUGUAGAAGAAUCAGAGAAUGGAAAGCUGUCCGUGGCCACGGCUUGCGAAAGUAUUUGUACCGGGUAUUCUUGACGAUUAUGACACAAUACUCAUCGAGUCACUGGUUGAGUCGUUAUGUAUCUGAAAUUACGCCGUUAGUAGAAGAAUCAGAUAUGGGAAGCUCUUCGUGGCCACGACAUGAACGUUCUUCUCUUCAAAAGCAGACAUGA